AAUAUUUUGAACUCUAUUGAAAACUGAUUACUGUUUUUAAGUAACUCAUUUACCUCAUUUAAAUAACACGGGUUUGUGAAAUUUGCUGAUGUAUUUGUAGAUAUAACUUGGGGUAGCUCUAUAUAAUUUAGGAAGAAAACUAAAUUUACUCCGUGUAUGACAAAUGUGUAAAUCCAAGUGCCUCACGACAUUUCAUUAGAUCAUUUCAUAAAUAAGCAUGCUUGUAAGUGCAUAGAAGAUUUUGUGAAUCAUGGAGCGUCAGAAAACUGACUCAGAACUGGAAAUGGAUAUCCAAAUUCAACAAGUAGAAGAACUAAGCAAUAGUGCAAUAAUAAACUCCCUAAAUGCGGACUGCUGGCGUCUCAUUUUAGACUAUUUAUCAGUUAAGGAGAUCCUGCAGACAGAGCUGACAUGCAAAGAUUGGCAAAAAUUGAUGCUUGAUCACAUAUCACAUCGUCCAAUCAUUAUUCACAGUAUGAAAAUUGACGAAAAUACCCUAAUAUUAAGACAAUCAAGUGAAGCCUGGUGUUCGUUCAAACGUUGGGUGAGGAAAUGUGGCUGCUCUGUUCAGGACUUUGACAUGGAUUGUAAACAUUACAAGGAUGUCGUGGAGACCCUUAGGGACAACUGCCCGAAUCUAGUAGGCCUUAAGCUGAGUAGGUUAAAAAAGAAACUGUCGCCGACAGACGCGCUCCACUUCCAGAAACUAACAUGGCUCGUAUUCGACUGCUGCGAUGAGGUGACAGACGAUUGCGUCAGUCAAUUUUUAACAAACAGAUUAGAGGAAUUACGAAUUACAUAUAAUAAGCGAGUUACGGGCCGAUUUCUUAACAAUUUGAAAUCUGUUAAUAAUAUGAAGAGUCUCGCACUAAAACAUUGUAGAGCCUUGAGAUUCCCAUUUCUGUUGUCUGUCGCGGACCGUUUAAGUAACCUAAUGGUGUUGGAGUUAUGGAAACGGAAUCGUAGCAAAAUAGAAAUUAGGGAUAAGCUACACUUGCUAUUUGAGCAUAUGCCUAAUUUGAGGGAGUUAGACAUAGAAAUCUACGAUAUGCUGAGAAGGGCUGACGAGGAGCGCCGGUAUACUGAGAGCAAUGUGUUUUUCGAGUCAAUUUGUCGUCUCAAGAAGUUGGGUCGCGUGAAUGCGAACUUUCAAGUGUGGGACAACCAUCUUGAGGCUUUGGUGAACAGCUGUAAGGAGUUAAUGGCAGUGGACUUGAUAUGCAAUCAUAUAACGCGGCGCGGUCUGGACGCGCUGUGCCGCCAUGUCGGGCCGCGCCUGCUGGAGCUCAACCUGGCCGAGAGUCUGCUCACCGACGACGACGUGGCCGCCUGUGUGUACGCGUGCCCCAAACUACUGUCGCUGGACCUGUCGGACUGCCCGCUGCUGGUGUCGGCCGUGCGCCGCAUCGCGGUGGCGCGCCGCGACAUGCGGCGGAGCUCCAAGUUCGCCGACGAGACCUUCCUGCGCAUACCGCUCCCCAUCACCAUGAGCAGAUGGGACUUUUAUGGGGACGCGGAAGAUUUCAAGGACGUCGUCGACGUACGUUUUAAUACCGACGGUUAUUCCAGCGUCGAACGUCAAUACUGAAUUCAGAUCACAACUUAUCUUCUUAUUUGUGACGCUUACGCCAAAGACGGCAAGUGACGCGCGCGGCUGCAGCGCAAUAUCAACCUUCGUGCAUUCAGAUAAGGUUCAUAAUGACGCCACACGGCCUGGCGUUUAAACUUGAGAUGCUACGAAUAUUCAGCAACUAGUCGGUAUUCGGCCGUAUGUUGCCUUCUAUUCGGCCGAAUACCGAAUAUCUUUUGUACCUACCUAAAAAGAAAAAUAAUUACACAAAAAAAAUAACCAAAAACUAGGUAGGUAUAGGUUAUAUUUUAUUUAUUCUCUAGUUUAAAGGGUUGCUUCCGACGGUCCAAGGUCGAUGUCACCUUGGUCGGGUCGCCAUACAAAUAGGGAGUAUUACUGCAAAGUUCUGUCGCCAGAGUGCAGCACUAGCACAAAUCGUAAACCAUAGAGUAACUUACUUAUGUCGUAAGUAAACAGUUUUUUGACAAGUUUUCUUAGAUUAUUUGUUAGGAAGAAUAAAUAUGACAUUGAUGCAUCAAGGCGGUUUGUUUACUGUUUGUGCUAGUGGCGCCCCCUAUGUAAAGUUUCACAUAAUAUUCCCUAUUGACACGGUCGAAAACUUCAGAAGCCUCGCUGUCGAUGUAAAAGUUGCUUUAGUACGAAAUUUUGUUAUUUCGAAAAGUAAUUUUGAAAUUUUGCAAAUAUGUGGCUUUCCAUCAGAGAAAGGUCCUUAUGAACAUGUAGCAUAAGGACCCUUUAGGCAUGGAACGCCACAUAUGAACAGUUUUGUUUCUAUUAUAAGGAAAAUAAAGAAGUUAUUUUUGA